GACGUGAAAACAAAAGAAGAAGAAACUCUAAAUCGUAAAUAAAUUUAUAAAUUCGUAAUUUACACUUGAAAUUGCACAAAAAAAUGUACCAGGAGUAUUUGAAUCAAUUGGCCACCUCCAUUGGUCCGUUGGGGUCGGAUGAACUUAAGGAAUUACUCAAUGAUGAUGACAAACUGGAUCAAAAAGUUGACGAGGUCCUGGAGAAUUUGAAACAACAGAAAACCAAUGUAUUCGAGGAUAAUCGCGUUCGGGCUGAGCGGAAUAUUGAAAAGGAGCCAAAAGUCAUUGAGCUGCGUGGUAAAUUGAGUGAGCUUAGCGAGGAAGGACGUACUCGCUGCUCCGCGGUGCAGGACAAGCUAACACAAUUGAAACAGAAAUCUGGUGGUACAAGCCAGGAGGCGGCUUUGGCUCUCCUGCAGACGGCAGCAUCGGAAAGUGAAGAACAAACCGAGGAAAUGGUCAAGAAAUUCAAUGAGAAUGAAACCAAUGUAGAGGCAUUUCUUGAGGAUUUCCUUUCCAGUCGCAAACAAAUGCAUUUGCGUCGGCUAAAAGCUGAGAAAAUGCAGGAUUUGAUUAGAAAUAAGAGACGCAGCACAGCACCAGCAGCUGGAGGAGGAGCAAUCCCACCUUAUGGCAAUCUUCCUCCUGGAAGUGGUUUCUAUCCAUCCGCUGCACCUGGUUCUGGGGUUCCAUAUCCAAUGAUGGGCCCCUUAAUGCCCAUGCCACCGCCAGCAGGCAGACCAUACUGAAGCCAUUUGGGAGCUGGGUCGCAAAUGGGGGUAAUUUUAGUCUGUACACAAAGUAGCUGAUGUUGUUUAGAAACUGCCAUCGCGGGGGUGCAAUGAAUGACUCAUCGCAGUUGUCAUUAGCUUUCUAGGUCGUCAUCACUUUUUAUACAUCAAUAUCAAGCAAAUAUAUAUAUAAAUAUUAAUAACAUUAACGUGGGCUGUUUGAAAGGUUCUCAACAUUUCAAUAUUGGCAAACAUAAAUAAAGCUUUACGAUCAAUUUUGAGUUCAAAAAAAUUAUAUGAAAAGGGCGGUUGAAUUUUUAAAAGCUAUUAAAAUUUUCAUUCUUAUUUGGCUGAUCUUAUUAUUUAAAUUUAACAAAAAACAAGCAAAGUUUUAUAAUAAAUUUAAUUUGAGUCUAAAUUAUUAUUACUGGACCUUUUCCUUUCUAUGUUAAAACAUUCUAGAACUGGAUUUACCGAAUAAAGGGAGUUCUAAAGACGAAA